GUUUAUUAAUGGUUCUACAAUUUCGAUAUUAUGAUGCAAAUUAGUUGAACGGCAGUUUGAUGCGUUCAAGAAAAUACCUGCCAAUGGUUUUGAUCCCAAAUUCAUUUCAUUCAUUGAGAAGUGUUUUUAGCUUCUCGAUACCUCAACAUGAUUGGGUUUACGGUAUUUUUAUUACGACUAUUGCCAUAUUUGGUGAACCUCCCUACAACUGGACCCUACCAAUUAAGUUACUCAUUUAUGGCUUUCAUCGAGGGCCAUCUGUUGUGUUUUACUUGUUGCUGGGUCUAUUUCAACUUUACUGGGACUGUAGAAACAUUAGUUUGAUUCGAAAGGCCAAUUCGAUUUAUAAGGUACCGUAGAAGGACUACCCCAUACCCAUAUCUCUAGUACCCGAAACUAAUCAGCGAAUCUCUCGUAAUAGUAUUUCGAGUAACCAC